AUGGCUGCGUGGGCUGACCGAACCAUGGCUAACCCGACGGCGGUGGCCAUCAGCACGAGUGCUGUCGCGUUUGUGACAGGUCUCCUCUUUGGCAUCUACUCGACCCGCGGCUACCUGAUCUCGCCCGAGUUAGCCGAGGAGCGGCGGCGGAACCUGACCGAUCCGUUUGAGAGUGAGGCCUCGGACGUGGACGACGGUAUCCUGCUGGACCAUGCGCCAAACUGGGCCAAUGGCGACGAGGCCGAUGUACGGGACGGCUUGCGGGCAUCCAGUGUAGCGGGCAGCAGCACGAGCAGCAAGAAGAAGAAGAAGAGCAGCAAGGACAAGGAGAAGGAGAAAGCGCGCCAUACCCACAGCCACUCGGGCGACGAGGAGUGCAAACUGGUGCUUGUUGUGCGGACAGAUCUGGGCAUGACAAAAGGCAAAAUUGCUGCCCAAUGCGGUCAUGCCACGCUGGCUUGCUACAAGAUCCUCCGCCGUGCUGCCGGACGCGACCCGACAUCGAGUGCCGCCCGUCUACUACAGCGCUGGGAGCGCCGUGGUCAGGCCAAGAUUGCUGUGCAGGCCAAGGGCGAGGAUACGCUUGUGACACUCAUGGGUAUUGCACAUAGCCUAGGCGUGACGGCCGAGGUAAUUGCCGACGCAGGGCGUACACAGAUCGAGUCUGGGAGUCUCACCGUGCUCGGUGUCGGCCCGGCGCCGAAGAGCCUGGUAGACAAGAUUACGGGCCACCUGAAGCUUCUGUGA